AUGCGACGAUCAUCAUCACAUCGAGUAAAUCAUUCAUCAUCGAUAGAUUCAGCUCCAUUUGAUUAUGUUGAUGAAGAUAGUGCUAGUGUUGUUGUAAGACAUGAAACAGGAGUACUCAUCGAAAUUAACUGUAUACAACUAGCUAUUGUACUUCUAAAUCAAGAUGGACCAGAAGUAGCAUUAGGACCUCCAUCAACCACAUACGAAGACCAACGUGAAACCUUAUUAUGGCAACAACAUGCUGUAAUCUAUCAAAUGGGUAAAUAUACAUUUUAA